AUGAAGAAGAGUACUCUCAGGUGUCUCGUUCUCACUUGUUUCUUCGAGGUGGCCCUCUGCGGGUGGAAUACGUAUGUCAAAAAAUCAAAGACAUGGUCAGAGGCCAGAGAUUACUGCAGAGAGCAUCACGCUGAUCUGUCUUCAAUCAGCAACCGGGAAGAAGAUGAGAACCUCCAGCAGCGUCGUAGUCUAAGGGGCUGGAUCGGUCUCCAAAAUGACAGCCACGAUGGGUGGAAGUGGUCGGGAGGGCAAAACGCAUCGUUCUUCAACUGGUUAGAAGAGGAGAACCAACCCAAUCCCAACAAGGGAUGCGUGCUGCACAGUAAAAAAGGCUGGCGAACAAUGGACUGCAACAGUAAUCGCCGCUUCUACUGUUUCCAAAACACCCUGGUUUUGGUGAAGGAAAACAAGACGUGGGAGGAGGCCAUGGAGCAGUGUCGCGAGCAGCACAACGACCUGGUCAGCCUGCCCUCUGAAUCCGCUCUGGUCGAAACCCUGAAGACCAGCAAGGAAGCCCAGACAGACCGCGUGUGGACCGGCCUGCGCUACCUGUCAGACGACUGGCUGUGGGUGAACGGUGAAAAUGUGAGUUACCAGGCCUGGAGCCGCGCGGAGACGCCACAGCGCCCCGCCUGGACUCACCACUGUGGGGCCCUCUCGCUUAAGGGAGGGCACUUGGAAAGCUGGGACUGUGCAGACAAGCUCAAUUUUGUUUGUGAUACGAAUACGAUGAGUUCCCCAUGAUGGAUAAUAGAGAAUGCUCUUGCUCUAUAAGCAUUUGCCACUUG